CGGCCUGAGCUCGGGAUGGCGUCGGUCGCCGCAUGGCUACCGUUCGCGCGCGCCGCCGCCAUCGGCUGGGUCCCGAUAGCCACACACCCUCUCCCCCCACCACCCGUCCCAAAGGACAGACGCAGGGCAGAAGAUGAGAAACUCCUCAUCAACGUCUCCGGAAGACGCUUCGAAACCUGGAGGAACACCCUCGAAAAAUACCCCGACUCACUUCUCGGUUCCACCGAACGCGAAUUCUUCUACGAUGAAGAUAGCCGCGAAUAUUUCUUUGACAGAGACCCGGAUAUAUUUAGACAUAUACUCAAUUAUUACAGAACUGGUAAACUGCAUUAUCCGAAGCAUGAGUGUUUAACUGGUUAUGACGAGGAGCUCGCGUUUUUCGGAAUCUUACCAGAUGUUAUAGGUGACUGCUGUUAUGAGGACUAUAGAGAUAGGAAGCGGGAAAAUGCUGAACGUCUCAUGGACGAUAAGCUCAGCGAAGCUGGCGACCAGAGCUUGCCACAGCUCACAGAUUUACGACAAAAAAUGUGGAGGGCGUUUGAGAACCCUCACACAUCCACAGCUGCUCUUGUGUUCUACUAUGUGACAGGAUUUUUCAUUGCUGUUUCAGUGAUGGCAAACGUUGUAGAAACGGUCCCUUGCGGGCAUAGACCGGGUCGAGCGGGAACGCUGCCAUGUGGAGAGAGAUACAAGAUAGUCUUCUUCUGCUUAGAUACAGCAUGUGUAAUGAUUUUCACGGCUGAAUACUUGCUGCGACUAUUCGCAGCUCCGGACAGGUGCAAGUUUGUGAGAUCCGUUAUGUCAAUUAUUGACGUGGUUGCCAUAUUGCCGUACUAUAUUGGAUUGGGCAUCACUGAUAACGAUGACGUUUCUGGCGCGUUCGUGACCCUCCGAGUGUUUCGAGUGUUCCGUAUCUUCAAGUUCUCUCGCCAUUCGCAAGGGCUCCGUAUUCUGGGGUAUACUUUAAAAUCAUGCGCCAGCGAACUCGGUUUCCUUGUGUUUUCAUUGGCUAUGGCUAUCAUAAUAUUUGCAACUGUUAUGUUCUACGCCGAGAAGAAUGAACAGGACACAAAUUUCACAUCAAUUCCUGCUGCAUUUUGGUACACGAUUGUGACGAUGACAACUCUUGGAUAUGGCGACAUGGUUCCUGGUACUAUUGCUGGCAAGAUAGUGGGGGGCGUCUGUUCGUUGUCUGGAGUGUUGGUGAUCGCUCUCCCAGUACCCGUCAUCGUCUCCAAUUUUUCCAGAAUCUACCAUCAGAACCAGAGGGCUGAUAAGCGAAAGGCUCAAAGGAAAGCUCGUCUCGCGCGAAUUCGUAUUGCCAAAGCAUCGUCAGGAGCAGCAUUCGUCUCCAAGAAGAAGGCUGCCGAGGCUCGUCUUGCCGCUCAGGAGUCUGGCGUGGAGUUGGACGAUGCUGGGAGAGACGAGGAUAUUUUCGAGUUGCAACAUCAUCACCUGCUUAGAUGUUUGGAGCGAACUACGGAUCGUGAGUUCGUUGAAAUAGAGAACCCUUUCAAUGGGGCUGUCAAACGGCCUGGCUCCCCCUCCCCGCUCGCGUCCCCCGCGCACUCCGGCCGAGCCCCCGCCUUGCUAGCUUGCUGCGCCCGCUGCGGCUGUUGUCCGCAGAAAUAUCAGGUCCUGCUAUUAGACUCGAGUAGGAAGCGCGCUCGUGGAGCCCGAAGAUACACGGCGACCUCUCGGCCUUCUGACACUUCAAUGUCAGCCGCGCCCAGUGAAGAUCCUUUACCACAAGCAUGUGGCAAAUACAUUCCUGCCGGCAGUACAGUGCAAGGUAACCAGACUGGUGUUGCAAUGGAUGGCACAUAUCUAGUGGAAGCCUCAUUCUAGGAUCCGACUUCUAGCGCUCAUGUGGAGAGCUACGUUUAGACUGUGAACAAUCUGGUGGGAUGACGUCACAUCCAACGUGUCCUGUACUGCCCACCCUUUAGAUGGAGACCUUGAGAUUCCUCGCUCACAAAGAACAAUGAAAGUAUUAUGAAAGUGAUUUAAAUAUUUCGAUGUAUUGAAUUUAGUGGUAGCUAGUCGAAUUCAAUUAAUAGUGUGUGUAUAUUUAGGUUCUAUAGAUCUUCAGGUCUUCAUUAGAUCUUUUCUAAUUAACAUUUUUGGAUUAACAGAAGUUUUAGAAUUCACUUUUCGGGUUGCGCUGUUUUGGUAAAGACAAUGCUUUGAAAUAAACAAUAGUGAAAUCAUAUCAAUUUAGGCAUUUAGAUGUUUUUAUAAAUUGUCUGAAUGAGGGUAUUUCUUAAUCUUGCACUGGUGAUAAAACUGGGACGAGCACAGUAUCCUGUGAUCGGGAUCAUCCCUUGACAUCUACGACCUGAUAAUGUUGCAAAUAACAAUUUGAUCACCUGCUUGUUUUUGAAAAGGCCGGCAGUGAUCUUGUUUACUAUAGUGAUUUAAAAUAGUAUUAGCCGGGCUCAUUUCUAACGCGAAAUGACCCGUAUGCUUGUUUGUAAUUCUAUUCCAUAAAACUGAUUAUAUAUAUUCCAGUAUAUUGGAUGUUAAAUACAUCGCACGGUAAAGGUGUUUUCCUAUUUGGAUCUUAGAUAGUCUAUAUGUAUUUAAUAUCCAAUAUAUUGGAAUAUAACUCUACAAAUUAUGUUAAAAAUAUGUCGCGACUAAAAUUCAAUAGGGAUCAAACUCUUUAUCAUAAAGCGUAACGAAUUAUUCUUAACUCUAUAAUCUCUUAUAGAAACUACUAUCUUGGCCAUUAUAUAUAUCUUCUUUUAUAUAUAUGAUAUUUCCAAGUAUAUAUUAACUCAUUAUGAUAUCUCUGGAACUAUAAGGCCGUAGAGACUUGAAAUUUGGUAGGAAUAUUCCUUUCUUUCCGAAAAAGGUGAGAUUUAAGAUAUUCUACUACACACAAGAGUUCUUUUUAUUAUCAAAUGAACAACGUCUGUUGGGGUCAGCUAUAUCAGGGGGUCAGUUAUAAAUAAAACAUCAACAUCUGUUCAAUACUACAAAAAUAAGCCGAAUUAAAGUAUUCAGGGCUAAGAAUUAAUUCAACGAAUGGUUGGAAUAUCUGUUUAUGUAUCAAACGAAUUAUAUGUUGUAUGAAUAGUAAUUUGAAUAUGAAUAGAAAAACAAAUGAAUCCCUGUAAAGUGAAAUACAAGUUUCGGCCUAAGUUACCCGGAGGUGAUCACCUGCAAUGAUUAUAAGCCCCAGCUGUAAAUAGUUAACUAACAAACUCAACUUUUUAGCACAAAAUGUUACGUGCGGCUUCGAUGCUGUUGUAAAGAUGAGAAAUACCCAAUUCAGAAUUUACCGUUACUUUUAUAUGAGCACAAAGAAUCCUGUUUUCUAUAACGCUACCAGGAUACUAGUGCCUUCAAUGUUUCAAUGUAUUUUUAAUCUUUUUCACUCAACGGGUAAGGAGUACGUGCGAUAAGCGAGCGGGAAAAGUCAGAUAAAGGAGUCAGCCUAUAUUGAAAAAUAGUUAAAACAUUUGCAAGUGUUUAUAAUAUUGAAAUUAGUAUAUCAUUUAACUUGCUGCAAGGUUUCUCAUCAGGAGUUAUUGUUGUGUCAUAAAAAUAUAUACUUUAUGAAAAUGAAAUAUCUAAUAUAUAAAAUUCUCAUGUCGCGGUGUUUGUAGUUAAACUCCUUCGAAACGGCUUGACCGAUUCUCAUGAAAUUUUGAGUGCGUAUAUUGGGUAGGUCUGAGAAUUGGACAACAUCUAUUUUUCAUCCCCCUAAAUGUUAAGGGUGGUCCAUGCCAAUUUUUUUUUUUAAUUUUUUUGAGAUUUUUUGUUAAAUUUGUUUGAUUAUGAUUGAGCAUUAAUAAAUACAUACAACUUCAAAUUUUCACUCAUCUACGAUCAACAGUUACUUUUGUAUCGCGAUUUUAAUAUUGGCAAUACAACGUUUGCUGGGUCAGCUAGUAAUAAAUAAAAUCUUGGGUACACAAAAAUAUUGAGUGCCACGCUCUGCGUCUCUUAACAGUAUAGCGAGUCCACAGAUUUUAUCUCAUCUAAAAAUAUGCGUACGGUUUACCGUUUACCGAAAAGAAGUUUACCCUUCAAAAAAAUAUAAUUACAAACAGAUUUUAGUGUGCAAAAGAUGUAGUUAAGUAAUUACUUUCAGAACGUGCGAGGAGGUUUUAUUUUUUAUAUUAACCUGAGGUAGCACAUAAUAAAAAAAAUUUUUACUCUUACUUAAGUCAAGUAAAUGUACAACCUGUGUGUCGGUUUGAACUGACUAUUGAAAAUGUGACGAGCGCUUUGUAAAUGCCGCUUUAUAAAAAAAAUGAUGAAUGUAUCUCCAUUCCUUUAUCUGACUCAAUCUCGCAAGCUAUACAGCCAUAUGGUGUAUAUUAUAUACUGAUUCUUACUCUGUGUUAGUGAAAUAGUUAUAAUGUUCUUUUAAUAAUAUUGUAUACAACUGACACGUGGCAACCCUGUCUACAAUGUAACUACUGAGCUCUGUAACUAUACGCUGGAUAUAUUGAGGGUAGAGGUAAGAAUCAUCUGUGUAUAUGAAAAAGUGUCCGUCAAAAUGCAUUAAAUUAGGGUGGCGCCACAGUUACAGCAGGGUAAAUCUUAAAAGAAACGCUAAAUAUAAAAUAAUACUAAUCACUCUCGGUGCAUGUUUCCCUAUAAUAAUUAUUUAAGGUUAUAUUGACUAUAUUAAUUUGUACAACGUAAGUUGUUGAAAUUUUCAAUAAUUAACUUCAUUAGUAAUAUAAUUUUUUUUAACUCGGCAUACUUCAAUUCGUUUACAAUUGCUACUUUCACCAUACUUCAUACCAUACCCUGUGCCUACACCAGCGCCAUUGUGGAAGCUUUUUGAACUAUUAUUUACAGCAUAAGCUUGCUAGCAAAUUUUUUCAACUUUUCUCCCAUAUGAGAUGAUUAUUCUUGCCUCUACCCUCCAUAACAGGAUAGACUAGAUAUCACGUAUAAAGUGAUAGCUACUUUUUUUUUCUGAAUAAACGUGCCAGGGUGAGUGGCCAUGUUUUGUAAUGGUUUAUAUCCUAGAUAAUUUAUAUGUCUAAUAAGAACCUCUUGCUGCAAGACAAACAAUAAAAACGGACAAGUUUUAUUACUUUAGUGUGCGUGACAAGCUACGUCUUACACUCGCGAUUUGUGUCACUUUGUGUUAGUGAGCAUGCAUUGCUCAAAAUAUAUGUUAACUGUCAACUGUCAAUUUUUCAACGUUUUCACAGUUGUCACAGUCUAUCUAGACGUAUAAAUGAUCUAAUAUAUUAUUUUCAAGGACACUCACCACCAGGUACUAUAAUUAGCACCGAAAUAGAGAAUACGAAGUGGGAUCACCUUACUAUUGGCGAUAGACUGUCUAGCGAAUAAGUUGGAAACCAGUACAGUACCAGUUACAUUUGGAAUUGCGUCACCUUCUUAGUUAGUAAGGAACAUAAUUAAAUCAUCUAUCUAUUUCAUCUUCGUAAUUAAAUCAUAAAGUCGCACCAACACUUUUUAUUCUGCAAAUAAACUGUCAUUGAUUGUCACUGUCAAAUAAUGGGGAAUUUUCUGGAGUUCUAACGUAUUACAUCAUCGUUAUAAUAUCUAAAUUCAAUUGAAAAAUUAUAUUAUAAAGCAGAAUUUCAUCAUACUAUAAUAAUUAUUGAAUGUUUAUCAUUAAUUGGUUUUUAUAUCCACACGCCAACUUAUUUGACUGUUCAACAACUGUUCGACGAGCAUUGUUUGUUUUCGUCUUAGACUACUUGGUUGUGGUAUAUAACCAGAUAUGGUAUUUCAAAAACUCUUCUGGAUUGGUGCCGGUUGUAUGUAAAUUUAUUAAAAAAAAUGAUUAUUGUCAAUACAGGUAUGAGAUAUUUUCUGAUUAUGCAUAUCAGAAGAUAGGUAGGUGCUGACAGUUUUAAUACCAAUUACCAGCCUAGCGAAACUCUCUAAGAAAAAAGCGAUUCACUCGAUUGUAUGAAACGUGCAGUCAUUGAUAGAUUGACAGAACGGCUAUUAUCUUCGUAACUGUUCGCUUUCAAACUUAGCCGAAUUAUAAUUCGUCACCAAUCGCCUUAAUGUAAUUAUUACCUACUACUAUUUCAAAUUUAUGUCAAAGCACUGCACGUUUCAUCCUAAACUAAAUUAAAAUUUUUACUUAGGCAGCCCUGCCUGUUAUUACAUAGUUUUUACAUCCUCUUUGCCAAUUCCUCAAUACUGAAUUAUUAAUUAAAGUCGCUGUUUUUCCGAUGACAAGCUGUCAACGUGAAGAAAUAUCCAAUGGUUUCACUGACCUCUACUAUUUACCACUGGACUGGCGCCUGACAAAGUGCUUUUGUGCCUGUUUGAUAUUCGCCAUUUUGGCGCUAUUGGCCACAUAGCGAGAGUCUGCGGUACUAAGACCUCAGCUAAACAAACAUCUAUAGAAAAACUAUUUACAAAAAAAAUAUUAUGUCCUUUAUUACGUUGAUUCCUGAAGUACAAAUAACACGGAAAUCGACCGUAAUUAAUUCAAAAUGCAAUAAUCCUUUCUGAAGUAUACUAUACUAUACGCUUCUCUCGCAGCAGCAAAAUUAGUUCUCUGGACGCUCACGAGUGGCGCUUCAAAUAGGCACAAAAAAUUUGCUUUCAUACUUUAGGAACAGCCUGUCCAGUGGUAUUUUUACAGGUCAGUGAAUGGUUUGCUCGGUAGCAAAUAGUAUGAAUGCCACGUGUCAAACUAUUUAACUCGGUGAAAUUUGAAUUACUUAUCAUAUAAAAUUGAAUGUUUAUUAAUGUAGAUAUCUAUAAUAAAUGUUACGACGUCUUAUGAAACUAGUUAAUGUAUUAGAUAGAAGAAAUUACGUGUUUACAUUAAGUAUAAAGAUUUAUAAUUUAUAUGACGUGUUAAUUUAGACUUAAUUUAGUGAGAAUGGUGUUGCUGCAAGAAAUUGAACAAUAGAUGGCGCUAAUUUCAAAGAAAAGUUUUCAUUGACUAUAAGAUGUAAUUCUCUCAAGUUUUCAAUGAUAUUGUGGUAGAUAUUAUGUCAAAUUUAUAAAUUAUUAUUAUAUUAAUGUUUUAAAGUUAUUCUGGGACAGCAAGUCUACUAAUUAAUAAGCUGGUUGUUUAAAAUUUAAUUAGAAAUUGGAUCGUCCCUGUGUAGUUAGCUGUGGGAAUGUAUGAAAGACAAAAAUAAUGGAUUCAAUUAAAUAUACUUAGUUAGAUAUUAUAAUAAUCAUACGAUAAAUUGAUCAUACAGUCAUCAGUUUUGUCUGCCUAUAGUCCAGAUAGGCUAAGUCUUUAUUACCUAUAGAAAAAUGAUCACUGACUUUUCUUUUUUUAGUGACAAGUUUUAUGCGGGUGUAUAAUAUAUUACUUUGCACAUUUUCUACGUCAUUCUUUUUAUUUUUAAAUAUAGCUUUAACGAUGGACUUUAAAAUGAAAAUUACACUUAAAAACUGAGUAGUAAUCUAUUAAACUCCUAAGGGCAUUGAAAAAUACUUAAAGAGUUAUUUCAAGCCUACAAAAUUAGAUUUUUAAUUUUACCUCAGACAUCUGAUCUUUUAUUACGUAAUCUAUAGUCCUGCCAUAAUUUGUAAUAAUCAUCAGCACUUAACUUAAUUGUCAUAUUUGUAGACUUAAACCGAAUUCAUAAUAAAGAUUCUUCCAAAAUAAUGCCAGUAUUUAAUUAAGAUUUAGUAGAGCCUACUUGAUAAUAUAUCUUAACAUUAAAAGCUUUUUAAACUCACCUUUGAUAAUUAAGUUUAUGAAGUUUUUCUUUUAUACGGAUAAGACGAAUAUUCUAUUAGUAUAAGUUAUAAUAUUAAAUAACUUGAGUCUUAAUUUACGUAUCACGGAAGAAAGUAAUAACUUUGGAAUCGCCCCAAUUUCACAGAUUAACUUUCUGUGAAAAAUAUAAUCUUUUAACCAUAUUGUUAACUAGGGGAGCAAUCAUAUUUUUAAUAACAAUAAUUAUAUUUUGCCGUUUUAAUUUCCUAUUAAAUUGUAAUAUAAAGAAUUUAUUUUAUCUAUGUUAUGCCAUGAUAUGUUUUAUUAGUCUUGAUUUUUUUUCAGCUAUAGUGGUGCCAUCUAGUGAAAUGAAAUGAAAUGAUUAGUGUCACUUUAAAAAUGAAAUUGUGUUUCUGCGUACAAAUAGUUAUACUGUCAGUAUAUUUUGUUUAAUUGUAUAAGACUUGCAUUUGCUUCAUGUAACCAGCCUAGCGAAACUCUCUAAGAAAAAAGCGAUUCACUCGAUUGUAUGAAACGUGCAGUCAUUGAUAGAUUGAUAGAUGAUGGCUAUAAUCUUGUGAAAAACGGAGCUAGCCGAAAUCCACUACGUUUUAAGCAACUGUUCGCUAUCAAACUUAGCCGGUUUAUACUUUGUCGACAUAAUAUUGUAAUUACUAUUUCAAACUUAUGUCAAAUCACUGCACCUUUCAUAAUAAACUAAAUUUAAAUUUUUACUUAGUUAGUCCUGCCUAGUAUAGUAUUUACUUCCUCAUUGUCUGUAACCUCGAUAUUUUCAAUAUUAUGCUUGUGGUGAAAAGGUCGAGUUAUGCUAAUUUAUCGUGCAUUUUAAUAUUAAUAACAGCUACAUUUGCAACAUUGUCAUUCCUUGACUUAAGACCAUUAAGAUACGCAACUAUGUCAUAAUAGCAAAGGAAGAUAAUGGACGAUUUCUAUUUACCAUUUUUUACAUAUUUAUUAUUUGCAGUUUGUUACAUAUAUUUUUAAUAAAUUAAAUAAAUACUGUUGUACAUUAUUAUAAGUAAUUUUAUGAAUGAAGCGAAAGGAAAUUUGUGAAUGGUGACCAGAGCUUCGUCUUCCUUUGUCCCGUAAAGGGAGCAAAUAAUAUUAACCAAAGAGAUUCAAGUAUGUAUAAACUAUAAAAUGGCAUAGAGUGGACAACAAGUACAAAAUUUGAAUAUAAAAUUAAUAAUUAAAUUAAUUCUAAGUCUUUUAUUUUAACUUAUACUUUUGUUCAGCUGAAAUCUUUGUGAAAAUAAUUUCAUCUACAAUAGCGCUACGAAGUGCGUCUUCUGUCAUUCAAUAGCUCUGACGUUCGUUCUAAUCGUUUUUUAGGUAUAUAUGUACUUCAAUCUCUUUGAUAUUAACUAAUAAUUAUUAUAUAAUUCUAAAUAAAUGUCUGUUUAAAUUUAAAUGUGUUUAAAUUAUGUAAAUUAUCUAGUCAACUAUUGUAUUUGUUUAAUAAUAUCAUUUUAAACCUGUUAUAACUUUUUAGAUGUAAGCCGAACCUCUUUAAAAAUUGGUUUAAAAUGACGUUUCUAAGCAAAUAAUACUCUAAGUAUGUCGGUUUUAAACCUUAUCUUAAAUUAUUCUUUGUUAUUUUGAGAAGAAAGAAUUAAAUUUAAUUGUAUAUAAUGA